AUGGGCGCCCAGGCCUUCCCCACCACCCUUUUCCUGCUCUGCCUGACUUCUGAAAGCCUGCAAGGCGGGCUACCUCCAUUGUCUCCUGGCCUGGGGAAAGGCUUAGGGACCCUGAAUGGCUACAGAUCAGGCUACGGCCUCCCCAGUGGCCUAGGAGCUGGACUUGGGAACGGGAAUGCGCUGGGAGCCCAGCCCGGGUUUGGGAACGGGAACCAGCUGGGAGCAGGCGCCUUCCCAGGUGCUGCAGCCCAGCCAGCCUUUGGAGGAGGUGUGAAACUUCAGCAGCUGGGUGAGACUCCGCUCUACACCCGACCCUCUGUCCACCAGCCAUCACUGUCUGUCUGCUCCCAUUGAAGCCCCAGCCCCCUCCUCCUCAUUCUGUCCUCUGGCUCUGUCUCCCCAGGAUAUGGCACCGGGCUGGGAGCUGGGGCCUUCCCAGGGCUGGGAGCCCAGCCAGGAUUUGGGAUCAGAAAUGGUUUAGGAGUCAGCGCUUUUCCGGGGGCAGGAGCCCUGCCAGGAAUUGGAGAGGGCGUGAAACUCCAAAAGCCAGGAUUUGACAACGGGAACGUGGUGGGAACCAGGGCCUUCCCAGGAGUUGGAGCCCAGCCAGGUGAGGGCACCAGGCCAAGCUGGGUUCUAGA